GGAUAUGGGAAAUGGUCAACUUCAUUCAAAAUAAAAUAUUAUGGUAGAUUUCAUUCGUCGGUUCAUGUCAAGUGGGGAGACGAAUAUCUGGCCAUGAAAUGGUUGAAUAUUAGCACAAGUCGACAUGUAGCUGACGAAGUGGAUGGUGAUGAUUCUACUGAACGGAUGGUUACAUACAGUUGGAUUGCGAUACCAUUAUCAAUGGUAAAGUCUGGCACGCUGGUGGAAUUCACUCCGAAUAAAAUUUGUUCGGAACAGACAGAUCCGGACGCAUGCAGUCAAGCAUCUACAAAUGAUUUCCAGUGUUACUGGUGUCCAGAAAUCAGUGUUUGCAGUAACGGUCGUGAUGUCCACUAUCCGAAUUGGAUAAAUACGAAUUGUUCAACUGAAGUGACCACUAGUGAACCAAUUUAUUCGAACCCCAGUUGGGAGACAACCGACAGAAGUGAAUCGCCUCUGUCAACUCAGUCUCACACUUACGAAGGGCCUGAUUAUUCUGGCGAAACAAUGGAAAAUGUAACGGAUAUUCUCGAAACUACAGAGGAAGAUUCCGACCACAGUGAGAACCAGAAAACUACACGUGGCACUUCGGAUUUGAUAUUUGGUGAAUCGAAUAUCUUCCUAUACAUCGCGGUGUCAUCUGGAGUGAUUAUUGCAGCUGUGAUGGUUGGAUUCACCGUGUGGCUGUUUAUGUGCAGGAAGAAGUGAAAGACACAGUGAAAACGAGCGUUGCGGCUUAAGAAUUCUCGUUAUUGUCCACUAGAAUUGCAUGCCGCAGUAGCAGCGUUGGUUUCGAAGAGACACUGCUUCAUUUGUGAAUACAUGUGGAAACUCUUCACCCUUAUCGCACAUUUUUUCU